UAAGACAGUUUUUGCAAGUGUUAUAAAUAGAGAGAGAGAGCAGAAGACAUGCCAGUUCAUUUCACCUUCGCAUAAAACUGACACAUCGUCUCUGCACCUUCCCUAGAUCUCUCCUCGAAAUUGUAACUCUGAAGCUUCUAAAAUGUCUCUUUGAUUUCUGAAUUAUCUCCUUCCGUUUAUUGUUUGAUCGAUCAAAAUGGACGGCGGCGAUGGCACCGUGAGGCUUGGGGCAUUGGACAUGAGGCAAGACAGGAGUGGAUUAGAUUCCGGUCCUGACGUGUCUGUUUCAUCUCCGGUGACCAGACAGAAAUCUGCUGCCGCUAAACAGUUUAUAGAGAAUCAUUACAAGAACUACUUACAAGGAUUACAAGAUCGUAAAGAUAGACGACAAGCACUGCAAAGAAAUGCACAAGAAGCAAGGGUGUCAAGUGAGGAAGAAGAGCUGAUGUUGAAGAAUUUGGCACGGCGGGAAACUGAGUAUAUGAGAAUGCAGCGUCGUAAAAUUGGAAUGGAUGAUUUUGAACAGUUAACUGUCAUCGGAAAAGGCGCAUUCGGUGAGGUCAGGUUAUGCCGAGCUAAAAGUACUGGAGAGAUAUUUGCCAUGAAGAAACUGAAGAAGUCUGAGAUGCUUAGCCGUGGACAGGUUGAGCAUGUCCGAUCUGAGAGGAACUUACUUGCUGAGGUUGACAGUCGAUGCAUAGUAAAACUUUUCUAUUCUUUUCAAGAUUCUGAAUUUUUAUACCUUAUCAUGGAGUAUUUGCCUGGUGGAGACAUAAUGACAUUAUUGAUGAGAGAAGAUAUUCUUUCUGAAGAUGUUGCACGCUUUUACAUAGCAGAGAGUAUCCUAGCUAUACACUCAAUUCAUCAGCAUAACUAUGUCCAUAGGGACAUAAAACCAGAUAACCUGAUUCUGGACAAAAAUGGUCAUUUGAAGCUUUCGGAUUUUGGCUUGUGCAAGCCUCUAGCUGAGAAGUACUCAUCAAUUUUACUUGAAAAUGAAGGCAUUUCUACUGAAGAAGGUAUUAAUGAAGUUAAGGGACAUUCUGGCAGUGAAGCUCCUUGGUCAAUGCCGAAAGAAGUGUUACAGCAAUGGAAACGUAAUCGUCGUGCACUGGCUUAUUCAACUGUUGGAACUCUUGACUACAUGGCACCUGAAGUGUUGCUGAAGAAGGGAUAUGGAAUGGAGUGUGACUGGUGGUCUCUGGGUGCAAUCACAUAUGAAAUGCUUUUAGGCUAUCCACCCUUCUGUUCUGAUGAUCCCAGAAUGACAUGCCGCAAGAUAAUCAAUUGGAAAACAUGCCUCAAGUUCCCUGAUGAGCCAAAGAUCUCAAACGAAGCUAAAGAUCUUAUUUGCCGUUUGCUAUGUGAUGUUGAAACAAGGCUGGGGACCAGAGGAGUAGAUGAAUUGAAGGCACAUCCAUGGUUCAGAGACACACAGUGGGAUAUGCUAUAUGAAAUGGAAGCUGCAUAUAAGCCUGUAGUGAAUGGGAAUUUGGAUACUCAGAAUUUUGAGAAGUUCCCUGAUUUGGAAGGCAUACCAUCCACAAUUCCAAGCGUAGGGCCAUGGAGAAAGAUGUUGACAUCAAAAGAUACCAAUUUCAUCGGAUUCACUUUUAAGAAAUCCGAUAUUAAAUCAAUGGAAAGUUCAGGUACAGAUGUGAGACCAAAUGCAUCUUCAAAGGCCCCGUCUUUAAUCUCCUUGUUAGGUCGGAUUGACCUGCAAGAAACUGCAGAAUCAGAAGGUGAGCAUACACUGGAUACUUAAUCUCCACUUGGUUCCAUAUGUAUAAACCACCCAAUGAAGACAACUAUACAAUACAGAAAUUCGCAACUGCCAAUAGUUGCUAGUGUAGAUAUGAGUAUGCAUACCAAGUACCAACUCAACUGUUGAUGUGGUCUUCUACUCAUUUUUCACUCGCAUCACAUAUGAUUUCACACUUUAAAUCCGGUAAAUAGUCCGAUUCAAAUGGGAGUGUAAUUUUUCUGAGAGCUUUUUUUAUUUAUUUAUCGGUGACGAGGUCGGAUAUUGUUCAUACAAUUUUUUGUACAUUUAGACAUAUAUUUUUGUGUUUUUUUCACUGUAUUUGUGCCCAAACGAAAAUUGGGAUUUUGA